AUGUUUGCUUUUAAAAACAGAAUAUACAAUGGUCUGAAAUGUGCAAAUUGCCAAAGCAGGAAUUUUGUAGGAAAUUCAUCUUUGGGCACUGUUAACCUGCAGGGCCGCAGCUUCCUAACGUUAAAGGAUUUUAAUGCAGAGGAAAUUAAACACAUCCUGUGGAUAUCUGCUGACCUGAAACAUCGAAUAAAGCACAGGGGAGAGUAUCUCCAAUUACUUCAAGGCAAAUCUAUUGCCAUGAUAUUUGAAAAGAGAAGCACUAGGACUCGCAUAUCCACCAAAACAGGGUUCUCUUUGUUGGGUGGCCAUCCAUAUUUUCUCACACCCCAGGAUAUUCAUCUAGGAGUCAAUGAGAGCAUCACUGACACAGCCAGGGUGCUUUCUGGUUUGGCAGAUAUUGUGUUAGCUCGGGUGUAUAGUUACUCAACUCUGGAGCAACUGGAUAAAGAUGCUUCAAUACCAAUUAUCAAUGGCCUGUCUGCACUCUACCACCCUAUACAGAUUCUUGCUGACCUACUCACACUACAGGAGCACUAUGGCUCACUAAAAGGCCUCACUGUGGCUUGGAUAGGUGAUGAAAACAACUUUCUUCACUCCUUCAUGAUGUCAUUGGCCAAACUAGGUGUCAAUCUAAAAGUGGCCACACCCAAAGGUUAUGAGCCAGAUGUUAACGUCACUCAAGAGGCUCAGCGUCUGUCUAAACAAGUAGGGAAUGAGAAGCAGUGGCGGUUCCUCCCGGACCCAGUGGAGGCAGCAUGGGACAGUAGUGUGCUGGUUACAGACACCUGGCUGAGCAUGCAUUAUUUUAUUUUUUUUCCCACCCGUAUUCCGGUGUCAUGAUAAAUUGAGUUCGCCCGGUAAAUCGCGGCCCCAUAGGGGUAGCCAUUUGUAAUGCCUGAGAAAAAACCUGUCUAGACAUUGAAGUCUAGGCUAACUGAAAAACACAAACAACGACACAUCUUUAAUUUCACAAUCUAUAACUUCAGUUAUAUACUAUUAUGUGUAACUUAUGGUUUAAAAGUCAUUAAUAAAAGUCAAAUGUCGUAAUCACAAAGUUAUAUCGACAUACAUCAUAAAGUGAUUUUAAAGGAUUUCUUCACAGGCAGUGAAUAUAGUACCCAUUAAUUGGUCCCUCAGCCAAUGGAAUUGCCGUGACGUCAGAGGGAGACCAGGCGUCUAUAUGUCACCAGAUUGAUGACGCCUUCUGAUUGGAUGGUUAUGUGUGAU